AUGCCGAAGCAACACAUGAUCUUUGGCCGCCCGCUCCCCCGCUUCAGCACACGACGCAUCUCCUUCCUGCUCGUGAGCAUCUCCAUCUUCGCCGUCUUCUCUCUCCUCGUCACCCUGCCGAGCUCCAUCCCCUCCGGCCCGAGCCUUUCCAAGUACACCGACCACAAGUUCUCAAUCCCCUCGGCCCUCAAGCACCCCUUUGGUGCUUCGAGCCGCCUGAACCCCUUCAAGUCCCCCUCGCACCCGCCCCCGCGCCAGCAGAAUGACACCUACGGCGAGUCUUCGUGGUGGGCCGACUGGAAGUGGCUCUCGGUGCCCUUCUCCUCCUCCCUGACCCUCGACGAGGAGCGCUCCCUGCUGCCGCCCCUCAAGCCGCGCCCGCCCAUCUACUGCUAUUACGACACCACCAUCAAGAAGGACGCCCCCAGCAAGGACGCCGAGAGCGAGCUGCUGCUCCUCUGGCGCCGCGCCUGGUGGGCCCGCGGCUUCAAGCCCAUCAUCCUCAGCGCCGCGGAGGCUAUGAAGAACCCGCUCUAUGACGAGCUCCAGCGCAAGGAGAUCGACCCGGACCUCAAGACCGACAUGAUGCGCUGGCUCGCCUGGGACAACAUGCGCGGCGGCCUGCUUGCCUACCACACUACCCUCCCCAUGGGUUCUCACGAGGACCCCCUCCUCUCCUAUCUCCGCCGCGGCGAGUACCCGGAGCUCACCCGCUGGAACAACAUGGGCAACGGCCUCUUCGCCGGCGGCGAGAAGGAGGUCAACGCCGCCAUCAAGGCCACCAUGGGCAGCUCCAAGAUGAAAGAGACAAAGGACUUUGUCGCCGCCGCCACCGAGGACACCUUCAAGAUUGACAACCAGCCCAAGGCCAUCGCCUACUACGACUCAGCCAUCAUCCAGGACAAAUACCCCAAGGUUGCCGAGGUCAUCGCUGCCGACCGCGCGAGCGGCCUGCAGGCCCUCCGGAAACUCAUCAACGGCCACCUGCACACGACCUGGCAGAACGUCUUCUCGGACGGCAUCGCCGUCCUUAAGCCCCUGCCGCAGCACAUGACGCACAUGAUCAAGAACGCCUGGGACCUCGCCGGCGACCUCUCCAUGUGCCCGGCCGACUCCCCCAUGCCCGCGUCCUGCCCGCCCAACAACGCGAAGUGCAAGCCUUGCGUCCCCGGGCAGCCCAUGCACGUCGCGACCCCUGCCCGCUACCGCAACACGUCGACCCUAUACACCAUUGGCACCGUGCCGCACCCGUAUACGACCGCCCUCCUCACAACCCUCCAGGACUCGAUCGAGAUCCCCUGGAUCCGCCGCAAGUCGGAGCGCGACGCUUGGCUCAGCGCCGUCACAGCCGAGCUCCUGGGCGCCGGGGUCAGCGGCGGGCCCCGCGUCCUGAAGUUCAAGGAAGCCGUCGCCGGCGAGCUCGCCCCCGCCCAUUCCCUCUGGCUCACCGCGGAGAAGGACCUCCCUAAAGACCUCGACUGGCACUUUGGCUUUGCCAUCCCCCGCAACGCCACGGACGGCACGUCCGAGACCCCAGUCCCCGGCCCCGAGCGCCGCCCACAGCCCAAGCACGACCCGGCCGACGGGCCCAUUGCCAGCCCCCAGGAGCUCGAGAAGGAGCCGCCGCUGCUCAAGAGGGCGCGCGACAUGGGCAAGACCAAAGACGCACGCGAACUCGCCGUCCGCGGCGCCAGCGAGGCAUGGAACCUGGCCGACACAGAAGCGUGGAAGUUUGCGCGGGCCUUUUUGGCGCGCCGCAUCGUCGAGCGCAAGGAGUGGGAGGACAACGAGAGCCGGUACGCCGGCGGCGUCGGCACUGAAAAGGGCCGCCGCGCGAGCUGGGGCGACCGCUGGCUGGACCACAAGGACUAG